CUUUGGCCAGGUACACAAGUGUGAAGAGAAAGCAACAGGUCUGAAGCUGGCAGCUAAGAUCAUCAAGACCAGAGGCACAAAGGAUAAGGAUGAAGUAAAGAACGAGAUCAACAUCAUGAACCAGCUGGAUCAUGUGAACCUCAUUCAGCUCUAUGAUGCCUUUGAGUCUAAGAAUGACAUUGUGCUGGUCAUGGAGUACGUGGAUGGAGGGGAGCUGUUUGAUCGCAUCAUCGAUGACAACUACAAUCUGACCGAGUUUGACACCAUCCUGUUCAUCAAGCAAAUAUGUGAGGGCAUAAGACACAUGCAUCAGAUGUACAUUCUCCAUUUGGAUCUGAAGCCUGAGAAUAUCCUGUGUGUGAAUCGGGAUGCUAAACAAAUAAAAAUUAUUGAUUUUGGAUUGGCCAGAAGAUACAAACCCAGAGAGAAGCUGAAGGUGAAUUUUGGAACCCCAGAAUUUCUUGCUCCUGAAGUUGUGAACUAUGAUUUUGUUUCCUUUCCCACUGACAUGUGGAGUGUGGGCGUCAUUGCCUAUAUGCUACUGAGUGGAUUGUCCCCCUUCCUGGGUGACAAUGAUGCUGAGACCCUGAACAACAUCCUGGCCUGCAGGUGGGACUUACAGGAUGAAGAAUUUCAGGACAUCUCAGAGGAAGCCAGAGAGUUUAUCUCCAAGCUUCUGAUUAAGGAGAAGAGUUGGAGAAUAAGUGCAAGUGAGGCUCUCAAGCACCCCUGGCUGUCAGACCACAAGCUCCACUCCAGACUCAUUUCACAGGUAACCAAGAAGAAGAAGAAUUGCUGCUCUAAUGCGAAGGACCUUGUGACCAAAUAGUCCAUGGAAGGUGCCCAUUUGAAAGGAAAACUGCUGCGGUUGCUGCUGCUUUGAGAAGAUUUUUGGAAAAAUCAGCAGUUCUGAUGCCUUGACCCCUGUGAUGACGGGUGGCCCUGGGGGGACGGUGGAGCCGCUGCACUUGAACUCUGAGCACCCAGUUAAGGGGGACACCUAGUCCUGUGGUCCCAGGGGGUGCAGACAAGCCCUGCAUCCCUUUCCUCAACUCCCCAGACCCCAUGGUAGUGCACAACGGGAAAGAUGCUUCCCUGCCAUCUUGAGUUUUCAAUUUUUAAUUUUUGAUUUUAGACACUGGGGCAGGGGGUACAUUAUUUCUUCUCUUUCUCAGCUUAUUAGAGCAAUCAUACCGGACAUUUAUUUGAGACAUUUAAAUCUGGAGGAUACAUUUAGAGGGAGAAAACUGCUUCCAGUCCUUAAACUAUGCCUUUCAAAGGGGGCCAUCAUAUCGCCAGAAAAAAAUUCUGUCUUUUACACCCUUGAGCAUUUAGUUUCUCAGACUCUAUUAUUUUUAUUUGGUCUGAAAUCAGGUGAAUCCAACUGAUAAAUAAUUUACUUUCUGGAACACAAACUGUUUUUGAAUCCCGAGGCAAGAGGCAUCAGAUGUUAUAUCUUCCAUAUAUCCUGAACUUUCUCCAAGUUCAUCAGUUUCUUCUGAGUAGCUGAUUCUACUUUCAAAUGCGUGACGUGCAUUUCACAAGACACUCCCUGCUGUCUUCUGAUUGUACAUUUGCUUGCAUGAAAUGCUCUAGUUUUCACAGGUGGAGCAAGAGGUAUCUGUUUAUGGUUAGUCUUUGGAAUUACAACCUUUGGAAAAAUGUUGAUAGUCACAAGAACUUUCCUCAUGCUGCCAUUACCAAUGAGACAUGGGCCGUGUGCAUACCAAGGAAGGACAGUGCUUUGCUUCCAGUGUUGCAAUGACUUGGGAAAUAGCACUCAGGCUUCUGGGUAAAUUCCAGCAUUUCUGAAGACCGGUAAUCUCACCUGCAUGGAGUCUCACAUGGCUCAGUGGUUGUGAAGAAAGAACAUCCAGAAAUCAACGGUGAGGGGAACACUGCUGCUCACUCUUUGGAUAUGAGAAUAACUUCCAGUUGGAAGCUUCUUCUUGCUCCGGAGCUCAUGUGGCAUUUCAUUACAGAUAUUUAAUAAUGGACAUGAGCCUGACCGUAUACAGCACAGAAGGGCAUCGGGCCUCUCAAGGGUGAAACAUGUGCGUCGUUUCUUUACGAAGAGGAGGCCACGCAAAGCCACACUAAAUUCCUAUUACACAUCCAUCAUCAAGCUCACUAUUCAGCCUCUUACGUUUUCCUCAUAUUUCCCGUUUCCAAAUAACUCCUGUGUUGAGAUCAGCUAUAAUAAUGUCUUUAUUUUUAGCUGUAAAUCAUUCUAGGCUCUGGUAGUCACAAUAGCAGUGACAUGAAAUAAGAAUGACUUGAUGGCCAUGUUAGUGAGGGCAGUUUUAACUGGCAUUGACUUUUCUCCAUUAUUGCUCAUAUGCACCUAGUGGAUGCUUAUAGCAUGCCCAUGAAUAACUAAAUGUGCAAUGUUCUUAUUCUCAUGUGUAAGGUAAAAGGGAAGUAGAGACAGAAGAAAAUGUGUAAUUUAGUUAGGACCAUAUGCCAAUUUAGUGGUCAUGCUAGCUAUAAAACUGACUCCUUUCUAGCUUUGCUCUUACAUUAUGAUGCAUUUCUUUUUUCCUUUGGCCUAUGCAUUUAUCCAAGGUUGGUUUUCUCCUGUUCCUGUUAUGUGACUGUGCUUAAAAUGGUUAAUUUGGUUUCCUUAAAAACAAACAAACAAACACGUACACACACACACACACACAAACACAACAAAGCCUGUGACUGAAGUGUUAUAUUACUGUGCUAUCUUUAGCUGAUGGUAUUCAUUGAGGCUGGAAAAAUACAAGUCAGUGCAUGCAUUAAUACUCAGACCACAGACAGCUGGCAUUCACUCAAAUGCUAAAUAAGACGCAAGGGUCUGAUUUGAAACCCCUCAUGGAAGGGCGUUUUCUGUCCUGUGGUGUGGAAUCUCUACCAGAUAGAGCAGGAGAUCUUUUGCAUCCAACUCUCAUCCUGACUCACGCUGGCAGAGAAGCUUUCACCAGACCCCAACACACGUGGGACAGGCAGCUUAGGCCAAAUGAAGGAACGAUUUCUUUGACAAAUUAAUCCACUAAUGACCCUGCAGUCAGUGGGUGUGAUUUUUUUUUAAAAAGAGGUUUAGAAAGGAGACUCUACUUUAAAAACGAAUCUCCUUUGAAUUUGGAGUUGAAUUUCCACAUUUGGAUGGGGAGGUAUCCCCGUGCCAGCGGGGUGCCUUUUAUAUGAGAGCUGAGGAUAGUUUGCAUCGCAGAGUUGAUUAUUACAGUCUACAGUUACAGUGAAAUGGGAGAUUUUCAGUCUCCUGCUCAUCCUGUUCCCUCCCUCCACACCCAUGUGUGGCUGCUCCAGCAAGCACUGGUAACUUGGUAGAUUGCCACUUUGAUGGGAAAGGGGGCUUUGCACAGCAGAGGAAUCAAACCAGAUGCAAGCAUGGACCAGAGAAGCUGAGUCUGGCGAGACUUGGGCUAUUGUGAUCAAUUUUUCCAAGAAGUCAUUAGGAUUUGAUAGGCUGUACUUCUCCCCCACCCACUUAAUGGACGUUAUGGCUUCACUCAGUCGCAUUAGGCGGUAGCCAUUGCUUUAGAAAAUAGAGGAAAUUAAAGCACUGAUGUGGCACUUCCCACUGCCUAGAGAGAAACAAACCUCACAAAGGAUUAAAGAAAAAGCAUGCCCCUUUUGUAAUUUGUAAGACACCAACACUUACCCACAACCUGUUGCUAUUUCAAAAAAUCAGGGAGAAAAGAGCUCAUGCCCUAAUUUGUUACAUAAAAGCAUCUGAAAUGGAUUCUCACCUGAACUACCUUGGGGAAAGAUUUCCAAGUCAAAAUUGGGUAAUUCUCAUGUUUGUUUUUUAGUUACUUUUUGUCUGACUUGACAUUAUUUUGCUUUCUUUCCUCAAAAAUGUAAAUAGGCAUGCUGCUAUUGUUGUGGCAUACUUGGAUGUGAAUGUGUUUUGAAAGAUACGUGGAUUAUUACAUUUUCACUAUUUUUAUGGAAACUAGAGUAGAAUUUUUUUCUUGUUUUAAAAUCAAAAUAUGUAUUUGAUAUUAGGGAAAUGAGGGUCUUAUUCUUUAUUUCAUUCCUUUAUUCUUCCUUCUUCUCCCAGUACCCCCACCCUAGGCAUUAGGCAAAUGGUGUCAGGAUGCCUACAUGUGCUUGCUUAGUUAGGAUUACAGGCCAGCUGAGGGAACCUCAUUUGGAAAGUUCAUCUGUGCAAGUGAGGCAAGAGGGCAAAGCAGGGGUCUGAGCAGGCAUGCCCAGUGAACUCAGUUCAGCUCUCUAUCCGCUGGCAAGUGCAGCAUGGGUCUAGGCUGCAUGGCUCACUUCUCAAUAGCUGUGAUGCUCCCUAUUUUGCUUUUGCUUUGUUUUGAUUUUUUUUUUACUUCUUUCUCUUUUUCUUCAGUUAGAAUCAAAGUCCAUCUUCUUAUCCAUCAUAAUGCUCCCCUGAAGCCUUUUUGGGAUGAAAAUUAUAUUUCCAAAAGGCAAAUGGCUUGCUGUCCUAAAGGAAACUUGAAGCUGGACUAUAAGACUAUCAGAUGCUCAAUUUCCAGAUGAAGGCAACUUCCUUGCCUUGCACGAAGUCAACAGUUUCUCACAUUUGAAGGUCUAUGUAUGUCUCCUAGAUACAUUUCAAUCAGGUGUACUUUCCAUAAGUGAUCUUUAUGUGUGUAGUUUCACCUUCCAUGAAGGCUUAUAACUCAACCACUACUUAUUCAAGAGAGCAGAGAACAUCUAAUACCUGAGUGUUCCAAUCUUGAAUUGUAUGUAUUUUGUACUUGUCCCAUCUGAUAGAUGUCAGUGAGUCCUUUUGAUGAAGUUUAGUAGUGUAGAUAAGAAAUAAAAAUGGAUUCACAAUGUGGUGACUGCAUUUGUCAUGUAUAUUUUUUAUUUCUGAACAUAGUUUAAUUCAGCUGUAUUUCUUUGCCUUAUAAAGAUGUAUAACAGUCAUAUAUAUGUAUUAUAUUGACAAAUAAACAUGGACUUUAUUUA